AUGUCUAAAUUUCGGUGGUAUGAAAUAUUGUUAUCUUCUAACACAAGCUAUACACUAUACACACGUGCUGACAAUUCACAUUUGAUAAUGGAUACUAGCUCCUCAUGGCAAGUUCUAGAUAAGCAUUCACAAUUUUUAGAUAUUACAAAAAACCCAGAAGAUGGAUAUUAUUAUUAUAUUAAAGUGAGCCAGGAAAAAAUUUGGGUACCAAUUUUACCUGGAUUCAUUAUUUUUACUAACAUUAAAAAUAGUCUUUUCAAGCUUUCUAUUAGCAUUUCUGACAAUCAAAAGAUUUUAUUUUCAUGGCUUAACUUUGGAGAAAUCAAAAAUGAUCUUAAUAUCCUUCCUAAUAUUAUUGCUUCAAAUUCUGAAUCUGAUAGGUUUCAAAGUCUUAUUAAAUACGCUUAUUCUGGUAAAAGAGUGUCACUUCCUUAUCUCCUUGGUCUCAAUAUACCUGGAAUUGUACAACAAUUGGUAAGUUCUGUUUAUCAAAAAUAUUCUUAUUUAUAUCCAAGCUUCCACCCUAUCUCCAAGACUCAAGAGGUGACAGAAAAAAUGGUAGGAGUCAUACAAAAAAAAGGUAAUAAAUUACAAAGAGAACUUGAGAUUACUUCAUCAGAUUCACUUGUCUGUGAGGGUUUACUUGUUACAACAGAGAAGAAAAAUGUAGAUUAUAAAGAUUUCAUGGCAUUAUUGAUUGAACACAAAAGGACAAAACAACAAUUGUAUAAUGCAAACCGACAAAUCAAGCAAUCAAAGCUUGGUUCAACAAUACUAAUCAAUACUGAGAAAUUUCUAUCUUUAAUUUUACAGCAAUCUUGCAGUUAUUGUGGUGAAAUACAUUUACUUAACAAAAAGAUAACAGUUUCAACUGCUGGAUUUGUUGUCAAAAUUCAUGUAAAAUGCAAACUUUGCAAGACUGUUAGUGAAUUUAUUAACAAAUCAGAAACCAAUUUCAAUGCUUGUGUGGCAGCAGCAGGAUUGGUAGGAGGAACCAACAGACAAUCACUUCAGAUGAUUUUAGCUUGUGUAGGAAUUACUUUACAACUCAGUAAAACUAUUUUCCAUCAAUACCAAGGAAAGACUUUUAAAGAAAUUAUAAAAGUAUCACAAACUAGUGCUGAUAUAGUUUUACGAAAGGUUAUAGAGCACCAUAAAACUCAAGGUAAACAAAUCAUACCAGUUAGUUUUGAUUGCUCUUGGUCUCAUGUACGCAAUGCUCAGCAGGCAAGUGGUGAAAUGAUUUAUGAUGGAAGAGAUAUUGAAGGCUACUUGUAUAAACCAAUAAUUGCCUUCUAUGUUGUUGAGAAACCCCGUAAGAUGAAAAUGCAAGAUGGAGAAGAGAUAAUUAUCCAGGAGGGUAAUUUUGAGUUGAGUUCACGUCAAAUGGAGCAUGCUAUAUUAAUUGCUCUUAUAGAAAAAUUAACACCAAUUCUUGAAGAGCAAGAUAUGCUUCUCAAUGUUACAAUAGAUGGUGAUUUGGAUUCAAAUAAAACAUUAGGAAAUGUUGGAAUUAUCAAUCAGCACAUCAUGACAUAUUUUUCAGGAUGUGUAUAUGCUGCAGGUUUUAGAAAAGCCAAUGAAAAAAACUGUAAUCUUCAAGAAAAAGAUAUUCGACAUGUACAAAUUGAAGGUUUAUUCCAGCAUUUAUGUGACAAUCAUGAUUUAUGUUGGCCAGAAGUGUGCUGGAUCAAGCAAAAUCCUGAAGUGCAACUAAAAGAACCAACACUCAAGGCGUAUGCACCUUUUGAACAUGAUCAAUUCAAAACAAUGUUAGAAACUAUCUUUAGGCUUCCAGUUGGACAAGGAAUUGGCACUCUUACACGUACUUCACAAAAUGAAUCAUUCAAUAGACUUAAACUUGUCUAUACAUCAAAACUAAUUGAUUACCCUGUAUCAUAUCAAACAAGACAUGCACUUGCAAUUCUACAUAAUAAUGAAGGAAUCUGUGAAAUGGUAAGUAUAGUUCGUCAAGCUUGUAUGGCACCUUUAUCUUCACAAGAUCUUUUUAAUAUAGCUAAGAUUGAAGAAGGACGUGACCAACAACGAAUAAGAAAUUUAAAUCAAAUUACAAAACGUAAUGCUGAGAGAGCACUUGUGUUGCAAAAUUUACGUGAAGAUCUUAAUUCCUUUGAUUGGAACCAAGAAAUAGUGUCUUAUGGAAGAAAAAUUCAAGAGCAAUUAAAUUCCAACAGCUUCCAUCCUUCAUUUGUCUCUUAUAUAGCUGAUUUUGAUGAAGUAACUAAAUGUCUUGCAUGUCAUUCGUUUCCAAAAUGUACUGCCAGAGGUCUUUGUAGGUUAUGUAGGUUUUAUGUUGAUAAUGGACUGAAGGACCAAAUUGUUGAUAAAAAUUUUCAAUCAAAAAUUGAAGUCUCAGAAAAUAUUGAUUUAGAGACAAUGUGUGAAUCAGCACUUGAUGGGAUUUUUGGUUUUUCAGAUUUUCAUGGUGGACAAAAAGAAGCAAUCUUAUCUUUUGCUCAAAAUCAUGAUACUCUUGUUCUGAAAAAAACAGGUGGUGGCAAAAGUUUGUGUUAUGCUUUAACAUCAGUUAUUACAACAGGAAUCACUGUAGUGUUUUCACCAUUGAAAGCAUUAAUUGAUGAUCAAGUUCUUGAAUUGAUCAAUGCAGGAAUACCUUGUUGUGGUCUUUAUGCAUCAACAUCACAGCCAGUUCAUUAUCAACAAAAAGUCUUUCAAGAAAUUUCAUGUGGAUUAACAAAGGUAAUUUUUACGACACCUGAAAAAUUCAAAUUCAAUGUUGGGUUUCAGAAAAUGUUAGAAAGAAUUGGUGCCACCAAUGGUAUUAGAUUUGUUGUUGAUGAAGCACAUUGCAUUUUAGAUCAGGAACAUUUUAGAGAUUCAUGGAAUUAUUUGUGCAAUCUUAAACGAAUUUUUCCAAAUACACCAAUUUUACUUUUAUCAGCCACAUGUAAAAAGAUUGAUGCACAAGAAAUUGUGACACGUCUUGGUAUAAACUGUCAAAAAAUAUCUGUGAUUCGUGAUAAAUAUUUUGGAAAUAAUUCCAUUAUUUUCCAAGUACAAAAAAAAAAGGACAACAAAGAACGAUUUUUGGAAGAUAUUCUGAAGAUUAUUAAUGAAAUUGAAGUUGGAAAGUGCAUUAUUUAUUGUGCAUCUGUAAAAGGAUGUGAAAAUUUACUAUCAGAACUCCAAGACAAGGUUGCAAAAGAAAUAAUUGCCAUGUAUCAUGGUGAAUUAGCUGCUAAAGAAAAGUCCAAUGUGCUAUUACUUUGGAAAUCAGGCAAUUUGAUACAAGAGACUGGUCGUGCAGCACGUGAUGGAUUACCAGCAAAAGCAAUAGUGAUGUUUAAUAGAAAAGAUAUUAGAACAAUUAUGGGAAUUUAUUCAAGAGUACAGGAAAGCACAACCUUUAGUGAAGAACCUGAGGCCUUGAACCAUAUCAGAUAUUUAAAUGAAGCUAAAAUAGCUGAUAAUCCAAUUUUUGUAGAUGUUAAACUGGAUAUGCAAAAGAUGUUAAAGGUUAUAGAUGAAAUUACUAAGGUAAAACAACAGGCGACUAGGAAUGAUGUGGUAGAUGUAUUUAGGCAAUCACAGGCAAAGGACAUAAAAAAUCAGUUUGGUCAUUUGCCAAUAUAUCAAGAAAAAUUUUCAAGGAUUUUAAAAACAAAAGAAGAUGCCUUUUUGCUAUUGGAUGAUUUAGUUUUACGUAAAUUAGUUGAGGAAGAUAUCAUAUUGACUAAGUCAUUAUCAGGUCAAACUUUUACUUGUAGUAUUUUUAUUUUUGGUAUUGCUGAAGAUGCUCUUACAAAAGCUAAUAAUCAAAAUUGGAUAUAUCUG